AGUAAAAUCAUCGUAACAGGCCGUCUCGAGUCGGAGAACACCGACUGGAUCGCGCGCGAGCUGCCCGACUGGCCAAGCGCCAUCUACUACAUCGGCCUGCCCGCCUCGCAACCCUCGCCCUCCGGCCUGCGCACCCCCGUGAACAAAGCCCGCGAAGCAAUGCCCUACCUCACCUACAUCCUCGACCACUACCCCACCUUCCCCGACGUCGUCGUCUUCAUCCACCCCCACCAGGGCUCCUGGCACGUCGACCACCGCUUCCACAACUCCUACUACAUGCUCUCCGAUCUCCGCCUCGACACCGUCAUGCAACGCGGCUACGCCAAUCUCCGCUGCAACAACGACGUCGGCUGCCCCGCCGAGAUCAUGCCCUUUCGCGACCCUCGCGACCAGAGCAAAGCGGCCGAGAACGUUUUCGCCGACGUCUACGCUCACUUCUUCCACGCCACCGAGGCGCAGAUGCGCGCCGACAUUCCCGUAGUGGCGACGCAGUGCUGCGCGCAAUUCGCUGUCUCUGGUGCGCAACUGCUGAAGCGUCCCAAGGAGGACUACGAGCGGUAUCGGCAGUUUCUGCUGGACACCGAGCUCGACGAUGCCACCGUCGGCCGGGUGAUGGAGUACAUGUGGCACAUCAUUUUCGGGCGCGACGCGGUGCACUGCGAGGACGAUUUCGAGUGUUGGUGUAAGCUGUUUGGACGA